CUAUGUGUGUGUAUAUGUGUGUGUGACAUUUUCCUUUCAAAAACUUCAUUAAUCAAGGACCCAUGCUCACCAUUCAUUCAAACCUCAAGCUAUGGCACCCAAUUUCUCCAACCAACCUAGAAACCUCCCCUUCAUUCCCAUUCAAAACCAAAAGCCUCCCUUCAACUACAAAAAUAUCAAACACCUUCCAUGAAAACAACCAAACAGAAGAGACCUCAGCAGGCAAAAUCAAACGCUUGGUUCUCACCCAACAAGGCAGAACCAAACUUGACGCCUACCCUGACAGACAAUUCUAUGCCUACCCGCGUUUUGUGACCCAUGUGGAUGACAACUUCAUCUCCUCAUUGACCAACCUUUACAGAGAAUUGUUACAACCUAAUAUGGAGAUUCUUGAUCUUAUGAGCUCAUGGGUUAGCCAUUUACCUAAAGAGGUCAAGUACAAGAGAGUGGUGGGGCAUGGACUCAAUGCUCAGGAGCUCGCGAAGAACCCGAGGCUGGACUAUUUCUUUGUCAAGGAUCUCAAUCUGGAUCAAAAGCUUGAAUGUGAGAGUUGCAGUUUUGAUGCUGUUUUGUGCACAGUUAGUGUUCAGUACCUUCAACAGCCUGAAAAGGUAUUUGCUGAGGUGUUUCGGGUGCUAAGGCCUGGUGGUGUAUUCAUUGUUAGCUUCAGCAACCGAAUGUUCUAUGAAAAAGCCAUUAGUACAUGGAGAGAUGGGACUGCAUACAGUCGAGUACAACUGGUCAUGCAGUACUUCCAAUGCGUUGAAGGAUUCGCGCAACCAGAAAUUAUUCGGAAGUUACCAUCUGCUGGUGGUGCUCAAGAGGACAAAUCGCCUUUUGGUGGGAUUAUGAAGUUGCUGGGACUGUUGUCUGGUUCAGAUCCUUUUUAUGCAGUGAUAGCUUACAAGAACUUCAAACCUAUAUAUGAUUGAAUUUCCUCUUUUAGAACAUUUGUGUUCACAUAUGUAUCUGCCAGCAGUAAAGGAUCACCUCUAAAGCUUCACACCCCAUGUCGCUGCAACUAACAAUUGCUUCCAGGUUCUCCUGAGAGUAGAAUUCUAGGAAGAGUGGCGCCGUAAGAGUCUGGUUAUGCAAAUGGAGAGGUUGAUCAUGUCUAGGUGGUGCAGUAGACGUGUGUACAAAGAAAGUACUAUAUAUAUCUUAUGUAUCUCAUUUUAGUUUGAGAAGGUUGCUUGUGAUUUUUCAGUGAGUGUGGUGGUGGAUUUAUGGUAGUGAAGAGCAAUUUAUGCUCAACUUUCUCUGCUCUUGAACAGUAUAAUGUAAUGAAAUGAAAUGUUAUGUAGGCAUUAUCAUGUAAUGAAAUGUUUGUUGAAUUUGAAAA